ACAUGUACUAUACAACAAAUUAGCCCAGAGGAAUGCAUAAUGGCUGAGUGAGAAACAUCAACAGAAAAGAAAACCCCAUUUAUUUUUUAUUUUUGUUAGCUGAGUUUAGUCUUGAUCCAGGUGGAUCCGGAGACGCGGAGAUGAGUGAUGUGAGUGAGGAGUCGCUGCUGGAUUAUUUCUGCUCCACCGGAGGCAGCUCAGGCAGAGUCAGAAACGCAGACUUACUGAGGACAUUUAAGCCUUUUAUUGGCCAUAGUGACUUGCAGCUCCGCGCUAAAUACAGAGAGGAAUUCAAGCUCAUCAUUGACCGAAUUGCUGUGGUGAAGUCAGAGAAUGGCGAGAAGUAUCUCGUCCUAAAGAAGAAAUACAGGCAAAUGCUGCACGAGCGAGACACCAAGCAGCCCAGGACGGACGGGGACGGACAGAGGCGUUCGAGUCCGGCCAGAGCUCCGGCCGCCACGCAGUGGGACGCGACGGACGCCUCGACUUCUUCUCGCCACCAGGCGGAACAACAGGAUGAGCCAAUGUCAUGCGGAGAACCCGACAGUGCUGCAGAGGACCUGCAGACUGGAGACGCCCUCAUGCAGCGCAGUCUACCACAAUGUCCCGCCAUCCCAGUCCAGGAACCCAUGACGCAAAGCAACGGGGAGGAUGAGCUGGACAAAGAUUCAGGGUCAAAGUCCGAGUCGGAGCAAGACGAGGAGUGUUCGGGCAGUAUGGGCUCCGCUGCUGUCGCUCUGGAUCCAAUAGAGAAGGAGUGGAUCUACUCUGCUGCCGGUGCUCGAGUCCCUGACCUCUCUCAGCUGCUCAGACAGGACCCCUCGCUGGCAAACAAGAAGGACUUCACCUCAGGGUUUACGGCUCUGCACUGGGCUGCCAAACAUGGCAGCGAGGACAUGGCCACUCUGGUGGCUAACGCCGGUGCUGACGUCAACACGAAAUCACAUGGGGGAUACACGCCUUUACACAUUGCAGCGUUACAUGGUCAUCGGCACAUUCUAGACCUGCUCAUAGGGACAUACGGAGCUAAAGAAAACUUAAGGGACUACAGCGGCCAUCUUGCCUUCCAUUAUCUGAACAUCAAGGAUGCAGAGGGACCGGAGGAAGACUGCGAGCUGCAGUUUCAAGUCACUCAGGCCAGAGAGCGGAACAGGAACAGGAAGCUGGUCUCGCUGUUUCACUCCAAGAAGAAGUGGGGCUCAGCGGAGGACCUGGCUCCGAUCGAGGAGGAGAGGACGGCGUCUCAUCAGCUCGUCCUUCCUGCGUUCAGACCCCGAAAAUUCUCCCGCUGAGCAAAAACAGGCACUGGGGACGAUUCCCUGCACUCAUAUUUACACACAUGCUGAGAACCUGCAUGUAUAUACAUAUCGGGAGUAUUAAUACGUGUAAAUUUGUUACGCACACACACAGACACUAACGCUUACAGACACGUUCGCUGAUGCACCUGAAUGCCUCAUCAAAGCAGCGAACACAGAUGCUUUAACAGCGACGGAUGUGCUGCUUUUGUGUUCACGCUUACCAACUAAAUGUUUCUACAAGCCUGUAAACCUGAAUGAAUGUUGCUGAAUGUUACUCAUGCCUUACAGUUUUCAGAUGAGCUCAGGCCACAUCGCCAGGACCGAAGACGUGUCCAGAUGAUCCACAUCCGGUGUGAAAACACCAAAAGCAACAACGUGUGAAAACUUUCUCGCCCGUCUGCGGCUCUCAGCCUCGAGGCCCAUUCACCCCCACUGAAAACAAGUCACAAAUAUACACUUUCAUCCUUUAAAAGGCUAAAUUAUUUACUUUUUAGCAAGCAUCAUGUGUUGCUGUAUCUUUAAAAUGUCGUUCAGGGGACGAGUGGAGCUCGAGGCUUCAGAUCCAAACAGUUCAUGUUAGUUGGAGGCAAACAUUGUCGGUUUAGCUCUUUGAUUUGUUGACAGAAGGAAAACAACCAGAUUUGUCGUUGAAAGGGUCCGACAGGUAGUUCUGGCCCAGUUAAAAUCUUUCAUAUCUGUCUGAACAUUUUCCAAAACACAAGCUGUUUGGCUGAUGUCCUGCCUUUGACGUAGCCAUUGAUUUACAUUCAUGCCAGUUUGGCCUUAUAAGCAGUGUGCAGAGACUCUGAAGGUGAUCCGUUAUGGUGAAAAUGUUAACUUUGUAUUGAACGCAUUAUUUUUUAAUUUACGAUGACACUGUCAGCUAAGGGACUGUAUGGAAAAUAUCAGUGUAGGGAGGAGGGUUUAAAUUUAUUCUUCACUUUAAAAAAAAAUCAAGACCCUCCACAGUGAUUUCACACUUAAUUUGGAAAUAACUCCUGCAUCCACCCCCCAGAAUCUUAAGAUAAUAUUACUUAUAAUAAUAUAAUAUACUUAUAACUCGCACAACUCAAUUCACUAUUAAUAAAGAGCUUUGAGGUGGUGCACCCUAAACUUUACAUUUAACCAUAAUAUAUGAAUGGAAAAGUAAUUUUCAUUAUUUUUGCAUUUGAUCCUUUUUUGAAAUCUUUGGUGAGGAAAAAUGAAAAGACUCUCUCCCCCAGAAGUAAGAAAAGGAUAAAUAACACUCCCCCGUCUCUCUAAUUAAAGUCCUGCAGUCCUUCAUGUUGAUGAAAAUCUUGAUCGUUCAGAGAAACUGAAACGCUUUUAUUGAAGUUUUCGCUCACAUUUUGUUUUUUGUUUUUUUCUGGGUCUUGGACAGAGUGGCACCCAACACUAACAUAUCAGUGAGUCUUUAACUUCCUGGUCAUAGUGAUUAAUUGGCUGUUUCGAGGAGGAUUCGGUCUCCUGCAAGUUAACUUUCACACUGUUCUGAAGACAUUUCGGAAGGAAACGAAUGAGACGCUUUGCAGAAUGGUGCCGGUAGUGUAAAAAACCAUCAGUGUGCCACUUUAAACCUGAGCCACUGCUGAAACUUCGUUCAUGCCAGCUGAUGUGUUUCCUCCACCACUCUCAGUUUGGACUCUGCACGUCUGUCACGUCCCCGCUGGUCAGUGUCAGCCUGUCAUUUGUUAUUUUUUUAUUGACGUCCCUGCAGAUAAUCUGACCUCUUUGCAGCUCUGUUACUUGUUUAAACUCUGGUGUCAAAGUGGUGACUGUACUUUAAUUUGUCCACCUCCUGUGUAUGAAAGUGCUGUGUUAACGUUUGCAAAACGCACGUGCGCGGUCACAUUGUGAAGUUUGGUUUAAAGGUUUUGCUUCAUUGUAACUAUUCGCUUAUAAUCAGCUGCCAUUGUAAAAGCUGCAGUUACGCUUUUAGUUAAUUGUGUAAUUGAAACUAAAAAACUUGCCUGCAUUGAAUCUUUUGCACAGUAUUUAUACAAUGAAGAUAUUUUGGUAUUAAACAUUAUUUUAUAUCAAA